UGCGAUGGGCUGGAUGGCGACGAGUCAGGACUACGAGUAUCCCCAGCGGCUCCUGGAGCAUGCUCGUUCCUCUAUGAAGAACGCUCUGGGAUGUCGGCUUUAGACGAAGGUCUCUCGGAAAACUCGAUUCCAGACUCGGUCGUAGUCACUUGGCCUUCAACUGAGUGGUUUACCGAUGCCGAUGCUUCUCCCGAUGGGACGUCGACAGUAACUGAAGUCCCAGCAGAAGUGUGCAAAUUCGGUAAAACUCCGGCCUGGCAAUUCGUCAAAUGUAAAACAAAGGCUUUUAUGCGUAAAGCCAAGCAGAUACAUGGUGAUACCGCAAAAUGGAUCAAAGAUAAGUCUGAAUGCCUCGCUAAAAUGUCCAAAGGAGCUGGCCAUGCUAUCGAGCAAACUCGGCAAUGUCUCAUGAAAAUCAACAUCAGGUCACGUGACAUCGACGAACAGUUGAAGACCUGCUUCACUGGGGGAGGCAGUCGAGUGAGUAGACGUUUAACGGCAGAGCAGAGUACUGAACUGGACAAUCGUGAAUGGAGUGAGGGUGUGGUCUGUUUCACCGGAUUGAGUCCAAAAACCGCUGGGGUACUGCAACAUGUAGCCAGGAUUGUCAUCUUGUACAUAGUGCAAAUUGGCUUCAAGGCUCUCAUGCUGUAUUUCACUAAUGGCCUUUCGGAGGUCAUCUUCGUGUGAGGACCAUCUUAUCAUCGCCUCAGAUGAUCUUGAUAUUGCUGCAAAUUUCUAGAUAAUUCACAAUAUCUGGUGAAUAAAUUCAAUUAUGCGA